AUAUUGUGUAGAUUAAACAAGUUUUAGUAUGAAACCAAUCGUUUCGUUAAAUAGUAUAAAAAUGUUGAAAGUUAAUUCAUGGAUAAUAUCACUUAUUGUGAUAGUAAUUUCUAACGAAUGUUCUUCUUCAAACGAAACUAGUCUUGAUGUUACAUGCGCUUUAAAGCAUACUCUUUGCAAUCCCAAUCUACCACGUCCAUGUUGCGAUUCAAUAGAUCAGUGUCAACGAACAUGGCCAGAUAAUUACUUCCGAUGCAUCGGGGACAUUAUCUUGAGCGGGCUAGGAAAAUUUUGUGAGCUGGAUGAAGAUUGCAAUGAAAUAAUACACGCAAAAUGUUCCAAAGACGGCAAAUGUAUCUGCCGGAUGAAAACAGUAAGAACCAAUCCAUGGACCUGCGCACCAAUUUUGGGAGGAUUUUGUUGGAACAAUGAAACUUGUGCUGCUGAUAAUGCUGUUUGUGUUAACAGCGAAUAUGUUUUGGGUACUCAGUGUGAAAACGAUGAUGCAUGUAAUCUUGUAAAGUUUGCAAAAUGUUCUGAAUAUAAAGUAUGCGCUUGUACAUCCAAUACUACUGCAAUAACUUCAAUUUAUUGCGCUCCAAUUUUUCGUGGAUUUUGUUGGGAAAAUGACGAGUGCGUGACACCUAAUUCAAUUUGUUUAAACAAUACAUGUCAAUGCCACGGAGAAUAUAACCAAUAUACUAUUGAAAAAGGAUGUGUAUCAAUUGCUAAUUUAAAUGACUUCUGUUUGAAUGAUUAUGACUGCAGACAAAUAGAUCAUGCAAUAUGUUCAAAGGAUAACAAGUGUAAAUGCGAUAAAAACUAUGUAACUAUGAAUCAAACUUCAUGUAGACCAAUUUAUGGUGGAAUUUGUUCAAAAAAUAAAGACUGCAGGAACAUUUAUGGAGUGUGCAUUGACUCUAAGUGUGGAUGCAUGUCAUUUAUGCUCAAUUAG